AGCAAAAAAAUAUUUUUGAUAAAUCAUUUAAUUUGUAGUAUGGCUGCCAGGUCAGUUGAGCCUGCACAAAAGCAAUUCAAAAUAAUUUUUAGGAAACAGAAAUAUGGUAUGGCUGCAUCAAGCUAUCAUAUUUUACUUGAGAAAUGCAAAUCAAAAUUUGAUAUAAAGAAGGAGUGCAAGUUGACUCUUUGCUAUGAAGAUCAUACAGAAAUUGAUGAGGAUUUUUUCCCUCUCAUUAAUGAAGGAGAGACCCUCAUACUUCAUACAACAGACAAUCGGGAGCCCCUCAUUGAAUCAGUUAUGAAGAAGCUAGAAGAGUUCAUUAGAGAGUGUCUCAAUUGUGAACCCAAUAUCAGUGAGCAACUCCAGACUCUUAUUUCUAUGGGAAAAGUGGACAAUUUUCAAGAUUUUGUUGCUUCACUGCCUGUUGUCUCAGCAGAAGCAAAGCUGAGCAACCGGAAUGAACAUCCUGACUGGUUUGAAGGAAUAAGCAGCAGACAUCAGAGUAAGGAAGGUGUCAUGCGAGGCAGUGCUGAGUGCAGGAUGAGAAGCUACAUGCAGAGCCUACAGAAGGAGUUGCGACUAAUGUUGCAAGUGCAGGCCCGCAGGCGCAAUGAAGUCUCUCUGCCUCGCAACGUUGAGGAGGCCAUCCGUUACUUCAGCACUCGUCUCAAGGCCUGCAAGUACAACGCGCAUUACUUUGAUCGCUCGCACGCCAUGUCUUGUUGCCGCAUGUGCAACGCUGACGGUGCCUUCUUGUGUGGCGGUGCCUACAACAAACACCAGUGCAGUGAUCACCACACCAUCAACCCUUACGCCACUCGUCACCACCGCGUCGUCUUCUCCACGUGGAACUUGGACCACAUACAGAAAAUGGAUCUAGACAAUUCUAAUGGACAAUCUAUACAUGAAGUUUCAUUCAUUUGCGCAGAAAACCCAGCCAAUGCAAAGGAAGUUCCGGGUAUUCAAGAAUUAAUAUCAGAAAAUCAAGUAAGUUCGAAAAACAUGGAAGGCUCUUGUGAUCAAAAGAAUAAAAAUGGCAAAUCUGCCGAUGAAUUACCAAGCGCUGAUGAAGUAGAGGGUAAUGUGUGUCGGAGUAAUAAGAGGAAGGAUCUCCGAGAUGAUAAACUUGAAACCAUUAGCAAUCGCAAUGAAGAGAUCAGCGUUGCAACCAAGCAAGAAUCCAAGCGCCAAACUCGUGCGGCCUUCAGGACAAAGAACAAAGGUUCCAAAAUACCAACCGUAUCAUACGUCCGAGAAACAAAACAAGCUAAGGACGCCUCAUCAAGCUGCCCUCCCUCGGGACGGUCCUCGGGUUGUCUUGAUCGUUGCGAGGGACACAAGCCGGGGACGGGGAACCUGAAGCUCGUGCACAUCGCCUGCCACGUGAAGCUGCCCCACAACCUCGCGUGUGACCCGCGCCGCGUGUAUCGCUAGCGAUGUCAUCAGCAACCGAUGCUUAUUGACAGAUUACUCACCUGCUUAAUCAUAAUUCACUGGUACCUUUAACAUGACUUUUAUCCUAUGAUAAAUUUUUUUAAUAUAGUUCUAUUGAUAAUUUAACCAUGUGACAAAUUCAUGUUUUUGUACACCUUGAUUUCUUAUUAUAUUUGUACAAAAUCAUUCACACGUUUGAAAGCUUACUAGCUUUCUUGAAUCUCAAUGUGUCAAUGUGAUUUAAUUUCGGAUUACUAGUGCAGCAGUUCAGGUACCUUGGAUUAGAUCAAAUUAUUAUUCACAUUCUAAAGUUAUACCAAUUUGACUGGUUUGGUGCUCGCUCGUUCAGAACCGAACCUAACAAGCAUCAAGUCACAAUUGAUGUCCUCAGUACAAUGUGUGUAGACAUUUGAGUGCGUGAGAAGAAGUUCAUGCGCAACCUUGUAUUACCAGGCAACUCUGCACGUGUAUCGCUCACUACUCGCCGAAUAUUUAUGAAUUUUGCUGUAACGAAUGCCACUCUGCGGGGACGGUUAAUUUUGCAAUGAAGACAAAUUAUAAAUUUUAUAAUAUAUUUACUGAAGAUUAAGAUGAUUUAUAACUGAUCUUAUCGUUAACAGAUCUCAAUAAUUUGCAAUUUAGCCACAAGAUUUUGUGUUUUGCGUCGCGUGAACCGCGAAAAGUUGUGUGAUCACCAAGAAUUAUUUUUAAUCUAUUUAUAUAUAUGAUAAAAUUUAUAAGAUUUAUACUAUAUCAAAUUGAUGUUUUCUUUAUUCGUGAGAUGUUAAUUAGUAAAUCAACAUGUUGAUAUAUAUUUCCAUGUGAUAUAUAUUUUCUAUAUUUUUUUACAAAUGGAGUCAAAAUUUUAGCGGAGCGCACCAAAGAAUUUCACAUAGAAUACUGAUGAGUUUGAGCUGAUCAAAUUAUAAGAGUUAAGGCGAAAUUGCUUGAAAUUAUUUAGACUUGGAAACUGAAUAGAGUGAAGCGUGAAGACGUGCGCAUCAUUGAACUAAUGUCGGAUACUUGAACGAUUACGCGCCUCCGCUUGAAUUAGGAAAUUGAAACCAAAUUUACUCGUCAAUUUAUUGCUAUAAAAAUAUUUGCUCGCCGAUCCUUUGCUUUAACUUUACUUCAUGCAGAACAAUUCACGUUUAGGACUUCAAGACAUUAAUAGAACCACCGAUACCUCCAGCAGCUCCUGAUACCAUCACUACCAGCAGCUACCACCACCACCACCAGCUGCAAUGUAUCUACCAUCAUAAUAACUUGGAGCGCCAUAGGAAUGGUCAGUGCAUUUCUAAACAUUUAUUUGCCCACGAACAAAGCUUACAAAACUCGGCAACGCGCGAGGUACAGAAAUUGAGCAAAUGGAUCUCAUCGUAUAAGUGUAUCACUGCCCUAAUUUAGUUUAUCAGAAAGAA